AUGGAAUAUAGUAUGUGGACUAGCUCUAAAAGUGGUGCUGCUGAGGACCUGCUUGCAAAUGUACAGUCAUUACGGAAUCAGCUGAGGAGAACUGAAAAAAACCUACAAACUGUAGAGGAAGAGCUUUCCAGCACUAAUACAAGUGAACACUGUGGCCACUGCUUCGAUGAGGCUGUAGACUUUACUCUGGAGGACCUUGUUCAGCCUAAUUGCAACCAUCAGGGCGUUUCCAACUCUGAGAAGAAUGCUGGUAAAACAUCUUGCCAGGAUUUUCAAAGAAAAUCUGAAUCUUACUUGGUACCCACAACUUCUGAUAAAACUGUGGAAGGAAAUGAAUGCCUUAAGGAGAAGCUGGAUGCCCUCUAUGAGCAAAAUGCAUCCUUGACUUCUCAGAACCGCUACCUAAAGAACAGAGUGGAAACAGUGAACUUUGAAUUGAUGCAGUCAAAAACAAGAAUUUCUUACCUUGAAUCGACUUUAGAAACACAUUUAGUCAGCAUUCCGAAGUUGAAAGAACAGAUUGUAAACCUGGAAGCAGAAGUUUCAGCUCAAGAUAACAUUCUGAGAGAUGCAGAAGAUAAACUAGAUCAAAGCCAGAAAACAGGAAUGGAAAGAGAAAACUUGUUGCAAAGAUACAAAAAGGACUACAAAAAUCUGAAAAUGGAGUUAAUUGAACAAAGCAAGCAAGGAAAGAGAGCAGAACAGCAAAGAAAUGAAGCUUUGUGGAAAGUCGAGGAGCUGACAAGAGCUUUCAAAAAGUAUAAAGAGAAAAUAACUGAAAAAUUGGAGAAGGUUAAAGCUGAAGAAGUAGCCUUGGGAAAGCGUUUAAUCAAUUGUGAGAAAGAAAAAGAGAAGUUGAACGAAACGUGUGUAAGCUACAGAAAACAUGUAGACAUCCUAGAAGAACAAUUAAGGCCAUUAAAGGAAGAGAAUCGUAGCACAAAAGAGGAAAUAAAGACUCUAGAGGCAAAGAACGCUGAAAUGGUAUCAAUACUGACUCAGUCUGAUCAGAAGAUCGUUGAGCUUGAGAGUAAACUUAGUGAAAAAGAAAUGAUGCUUAAUGAGAAGAGUGCUCUAAUAAGUGAAAAUGCAGAGCUGAAAGCACUUACUGCACAGCAACAUAACCACUUGAAAUUAUGUCACCAAGACAUUAAAGACUUAAGGGAAGAGCUCAACAUACUAGAAACCAUUAUUUCCCAGUUGUGUCGGAGUACAUCUGAAGAGUUUAAAUGGCACCACUUGAAACACCAGCUAUCCAGUCCCUCAACAGAAGAAGCUCACUCUGUAUCUUGCUGUGAAUCAAAUAGACCUUUGACUGCUGACCUAAGCACUAGACUGGCAAUGACAGCAGAAAUUCAAGAGCCUCAUGCAAACUUAACUAUCUGUACUGGAGCUGAGCAUCUUUCUACUGAUAAUGAAGGACAAGAAAAUAGCAGGUUAUGUGGCCUGGAAACAGAGCCUGUCAAAUUGAUCAGAAGUCAAGGAGAGAGGAGAAAAUGUCAACAGUUGGAACUUAUCAGCAAACAAUUUGAAAAGGAGAGGCAAAUAUUCCAGAAAGAGAUAAAAGAGUUACGUUCUAAACUGACAAAAGCAGAUGAUGAGAAUUCUUCUUUGAAGACCAGCAUGGCUCAGAGAGCCAGUCAGUUUCAAAUCAUACAGGAAGACCUACUGAGGAAAACUAGUAGCUUAGAGAGAGAAAUAACAAAGAAAUCUUCUCAACUUACUACACUUGAGAAACAGUUGAAAGAAAAGACUGUUGCUUAUUCCACUGCUGCAGCAAGAAACGCUGAGUUGGAACAGGAACUCAUGGAAAAAAACAGGUGUAUUUAUGAGUUGGAAACAACUGUGAGCAAGGAACAUGAGAAAAUAACUUUGUUUUUGGAAAAAGAAAAGUUGCUUCACCUUGAACAGCACAAAGAGAUGGAGAAACAGAUUGAACUACUUCAGACACAGCUGGAGAAGAAAGAACAACAAGUCAUUGAACAAGAGAAAAUAAUAUCUAUUUUACAACAAGAUGUUUUACAUAAACAGCAUCACAUUGAAUCAUUGGAUGGGCUGCUGAUAGAAAGCAGAGAGGAAAUGGAAAGUCAAAAUGUCAAGAAAGAUCAAGGAUUGAAGAUGCUGAAAAGCCAGUUAACAGAAGAAACAAUCAAAGUGAGACAACUUGAGUCAGCACUAGAGGCGUGCAAGGAACAAGUUGCAAUGUAUCUGAGUGAGUCACAAGAAAAUAAGGAGAUGUUUGAAAAUCUACUCAGAAAAAGGUCUGAAGAGGUUUGUUAUUUACUGAAAGAAAUAAAACUAAAAGAGCAGAAUAUUCUGGACACAAGUGAACAAAAUGUUUUUCUACAACAAAGUUUGCGUCAUCAGCUGCAAAUGUUGCAGCAAGAAGCUAUCAGAAACGGGGAGCUAGAAGAUGAUCAAAUUAAACUGGAAAAACAGGUAUCCAAUCUGGAACAAGAGCUUCAGAAGCAGAAAGCAUGUGCAGAGGAUGAUUUGAGAAAGGCAGAAGAGAAACUUUGCAUAGCUUCUCAGGAAGCAGAUUUAAACAGACAAAAGGUGGAUGAACUUAACAGUACAGUCAGACAAAUGAAAUUAGAGAUGGAUCAGUGCAAGAAUGAACUUACUAAUAUGGAAAAAGAAGUAGUGCAAUUAAAACAAGAUGGUGAAAACAAAGCAAUGUAGAUAAAUUAGUUAGACAGUACUUUGGAAGAAGCACGAUCAGAGCUCAAUGAAAAGGCUAUUUGCUCUCUUAGAUUGUAUUGCAAAGGAGAAAUUGAAGACAAAAACCAAGAACUCCUUGACAUGGCCCAAGCAUUGAAAGAAAGGAAUUGGGAACUGAAACAAAGAGCAGCUCAGAUUACACAUUUGGAUAUGACAGUUCGUGAACACAAGGGAGAAAUGGAACAACAAAUAAUUAGAUUGGAGUGCAGUUUAGAAAAAUCAGAGUUAGAAAUUAAGGAAUGCAAUAAACAGAUUGAAAGCUUAGAGAGGAAACUCCAGCAUUCUAAAGCUGAGCUUCGUGAGAAAGAGUUUGAAUUGCUCCAGAGAGAUCAAGAAAUAAGCCAGCUGAAGAAAAAAAUUGAAAGAAAACAACAGAGCCUAGAAGCUCUUGAAAAGUCUCCGGGGCAGAAUUUGAGAAAGAAGCUAUGGACGUGGGACCUGCAGCUAGUUUUCUUGUUGGAUGAUAAAUCUUAA